GCUGGAGGCGGCAGAAUGGAGACCGGGGCCGAGGACGUGGGACUGACCCGCCGCCCGAUGCUGGCCUCUUCCUGGGAUGCCGCCUGCGGAGCCCUGGCCCACAGCCUCCGUCUCACCCGGGCUGAGCUCGGCGCCCGGGACCUGGAUUGGGAGGAACCGCCGGCUCCGCCUGCCCCGGGCCAAGAUCUGGUGGUUUUGAAGAGCAGCCUGAACAGCUCCGAUGGAAAGCCCUGCUUCCUUUACCUGAGAUGUGACCCUAACGGAGGCGAAGAAAUCGUUUCUGUUGGCAUUUUGAGUUCAGCAAGAAAUAUGGAAGUAUACUUAGGAGAGGAGUACUGUGGAACCAGUAGGGGCAAGACUGUUUGUAGUGAUCGGGAUGACAGUGAGCACAAAAUUAUUUUCUACAAAAAGUAUUUAAAAUUGGAGUCCUCCAGUCACGCUUGUAAAGUAAAGUUGCUCUCCUUUGGUGAAAAGCAGUGUGUGUUCAUCAGUAAAAUUGUGGUACAAUUGAGGCGGGUUUCAACAAAUUCUUCAACCAGCUCUCCUGCUCUAGGAUCAAGGAUAGACCUGCAGAGGGUCCAAACUCUCAUGGAGGCCAUGGGGUCAAAGUUGUCACCUGGCGCUCAGCAACUGAUGAAUAUGGUUAAAUUUCAGCAGCAGAAUUGUGUUCCCAUCGGAGAGCAGCUUCAGUCGGUUUUGGGAAAUACUGGCUACAAACGUAUGAUGGACCUGCAGUCGUCAGUUGCUUCAGGAGCCUCAGACAAGUCACCCUCCACGCCUUUCCCUUUUAGAACCGGAUUGACAUCUGGAACCCUGACUGAAGACUUAAACGCUUACGUUGAUAAAAGUCCACAGCCACCGGGUGGAGGAAACACUACAAACCUCAAAGAGUAUAACCUUGUGCCACAAAACCGUUCUCUUCUUGAGAAUGACCUCAGAAACGCAGUUUCUUCUUUCCUGCCGAAAAAAGCGAGUGACAACUCAAAUGUACCUAACUCUGAGUUGCUGCCGUUUCUCCAGAAUUUAUGUAGUCAGGUUAACCAUCUCCGUGUGGGCCGUAACACCAAGUGGCAGGAAGGCAUCACGAAGGCUGGGGAAGGCGUGGUUGGUGUUGCAAUGGAAGAGCAACCUGUGUGCACCUACUUGGAAAAGAUUCUUACUAAAAAUAUGGAACUGCUGGAAAAGAAACUUGUGGACUACAUCGAUCAGCGAAUAUAUCAACUCCAGGAACACAUGGAUACCAAGAUGACUCUGUUGAUGGACCUGCUGCAGAAUCCCUACUCCCCACCCCCUGGGACGGCCCUUAGACAGUGUGACUCUGGAGAAAGACUUUCAAAUGGAGAAAGAUAA